AUGGCUCAUGGCAACCCGGUGCCUAAGUUCUACAAAUCAGUUAUUGAUGAUGUGAUCGAAGGCGUCCGAGAUGUCUUUGCUGAAGAAGGUGUCGAUGAACAGGUCUUGAAAGAGCUGAAGCGGCGGUGGGAAACCAAAGUGAUGCAGUCCAAAGCGACAGAAGGCUUCUUCAGACGCAGCCACCUUUCACCCCAGUUCACGUUGCACCUGCCUCAUAACCUUCCUCAAGCUCUGCAAACGUCCACAGGUGUGGCUGCUGGCAGAGGUAUUCAGCAGUUUACUGCGACAACAACGACAACAACAACGGCUGAACUGGCCACUUCUAGGGCUGGUGGUGCAAUCCUGACUCUUCCUUCAGGACUUGCUUAUCCUAUCCAGAUUCCUGCUGGAGUGACUCUGCAGACAGCAUCAGGGCAGUUGUAUAAAGUCAGCAUGCCCAUGGUGGUCACCCAGGCCCCAGGAGGUGGAACUGUUCUCCAGAAUCCUGUUCAGAAAAUAUUCCAGCAGCUUGGGCAGCAGCCCUCGGCACCUCAGACCACUCCUGCUGGUGCCACCCAAGUGAACACCAUUUCGGUUCAAGUAUCUGGGAAUGAAAGCCUGUGGGUUCAGAAGCCUGUUGCACCCCAGCAAAUGGGGCCAGAAGAGAAAACCUUGCCUAGCACUGCUGUUCGAAAGGAGGCUACUGGGCAUCAGAAGGAAGGCAGCGAGAUUAGCCAGCAGCCAUCUGGCUUGUUGGAGACUCCCCAUCAUGCUGAUGGCCAAGCAGCUGUUCCUGUGUCAAAGUCAUCGGAAGUAGACUGUGCCAGAACGGCUGCAGAAAUGGCACCCAGCCACUCUCCCAAUGGGGGAGAAUUGCCUAUGAAUCCCGAACACCCACUAGAUGCCGAUGAUAUAAUUGAGCUGAUAAUUAUGGGCAAUGAAUUGGAUGACAGUGUCCUCCUGCAAGACGAAGCCACCCUCUCCUUUGCUGAAGAGCUAGAUACAAGCAUGCAGUUGGAGUCUAAUCAGAGGACUCAAAAGGAUAUUGCCAGUGACCUUGAGGAGAUCAUUCAGCUGGAUGGAACAAGUGACAUUUCUCCCAAGGCAGACAUAGAAUGUCCCAAAGAGGGGGAAGAUGAGGAGAUUGUUGGCAUCGUUGAUGCAGAAGAGCUGAAAGUUCUGGAUGAGGAAGAGGAAGAAGAAGCUGAAAACAGCGCCUCGGACAAUCCGUCCCUUAGCAGCACUAGUGACACUGAUGAACAGUCUGUUGACAUCACUGAGGAGGACCCUUUAAAUUCUGGAGAUGAUGUCAGCGAGCAAGAAACACCAGAUGUGUUUGAUACUGAUAAUAUAAUUGUAUGCCAGUACGACAAGGUUCAGCGCAGUAAGAACAGAUGGAAGUUCUACCUGAAAGACGGAGUGAUGUGUUUUGGGGGGAAGGACUAUGUCUUCUCAAAAGCCAUUGGAGAUGCAGAAUGGUGA